UUAUAGAAGAAGUUGACAACAAUGGCGUCGGAGCAAAUGUCUCGCAGGGAGAAUACGACGACCGAGAGGGACGUUCAUGUUGAGAAGAAUCGAGUCCCCAAGAUGACCACCCACUUCGAGCAUUUGGCUGAACAGGUUAAGGAAGGAUCGGACACUCCGCAAGGGAGUAUUCAGGAGUUACAGGGCGGGGAGUACAGGAAGCAGCACGGUGGGAGAGCCAUUGGGGAUAUCGGUGGGACUGGGAAAACAAGGGAGACUCAUGAAUUAGGGCCUCAUUUUGAAUCUCUUGCUGAUAAGGUGAAGGGAGACAAGCAGGAGAAUAAAGAGUCGUAUGCCGCUAAAGCCAGGAACAAUGCGCCUCAUUCAAAUGUGGGCAAGUUCGAAGUGAAAGCUGGAGAGAACAAGGAUUCAGCUGGAGAAGCUAGAGGGAGAAAUCAAUCUGAACUCGAGAGUCGAACCAGAGUGGUAAAUACGGGCAGACCGACGGAAAGCGCUGUGCAGAAACAGAUAAGAGAAAGCAGAGGUCAAGUUGAAGCGGAGAAAGGAAGAAGAGACAGAGAAGUUAAAGGAAGGGUUGGAGUUAAAACUCAAGGUCCUACUGCUGUUAUAACUUGUACAAUCGAAGGAGGCGAGAAGGAAGAAAUAGGAAGAGAAUCGCAAUCUACCUUGGGAGAUAUUUCCAAAUACAGAGGCCAAGUUCAAGAGAACACAAUGGAAGCCAUGAGAGCAGCACAGGAUCGGUAUGAGAGAGCAAAGCAGGCAGCUAGUGAAACAGUCGGUUCGACAACCCAAACAGCUCAAGAGAAGGCUGCAAAAGCAAGGGAAACAGCUGCUCAAGCCAAAGACGUGACAUUAGAGAAAGGCCAACAAGGCUAUGCUAUUGCAAAAGACGCCAUCUCAAGCGCCACGGGGACGGCUUCAGAUUACACCUCUCAAGCAGCAGAGAAGGCGAAAUCUGCAGGUAGCACUACUACGCAAUACAUUGGAGAGAAAGCCGGCCAGGCUAAGGAUGUCACUGUGGAGACUGGUAAGACUGCGGCUGAAUAUGCUGGAAAAGUAGCGGCUGAUCUGAAGGACAAGGCGACUGUGGCAGGGUGGACGGCGGCGCAUUAUUCCACGGAGAUGACGGUGGAGGGGACGAAAGCGGCGGCUAAUAUUGUUCAGGGAACGGCGGGAUAUGCUGCUAAUGUGGCCGGUGAGAUUGCAUCGAAGUCAUUGGAUGCUGUCAAAGGGUUAGCUUCUAAAGCUGGGGAUACUGCUAAGGAUUAUACUGCGAGGAAGAAGGAGGAGGCAAAGAAGGAUUAUGUGACCAAAAAAGCGCCUCAGCCACAGGAACAAGGUCAACAAAGAGGAGGAGGAGAAGGAGGCAUGCUCCAAAACAUCAGUGGAACCUUUCAGCAAGGAGGAGGGCAAACAAAAGAAGGUGGUGGGAUUGGCGAAACUAUAGGCCAAUAUGCCCAAUCCACUAAAGAAACUAUAGGCCAAUAUGCACAAUCCACUAAAGAAACAGUGGGAGAUAUUGCUCAGACAAUGAAGAAGCCAUUAGAUACUGUAGCCCAGGGAGGAGGCGAGGUUAUGGAAGCUGUAGGAGAAACUGUGGGUGAAAUCGGACAGACGAUGAUCAAACCAGCAGAGAGAGCCUCAGAACAAGUCCCAAAGGGUCAAGCAGGAAGUGGGGUCAUCGAUGCCAUUGGAGAAACCAUAGCAGAAAUAGCACAGACAACGAAAACGAUGGUUGUGGGAGAUAAUGAAAUAGAGGCAGGCUCAAAACAGAGCAUUGGAUCAGAGUUUGAUCGUGGCAACCAAGGGGGAUUCGCACUUGAAGAGCGUAGAAGAGAAACCUCUGAAGCUCGGAAAACCUGACGUUCUUUUUGGGUUUGAUAGACAGAAACGUUCAGUAUGUUUGAUGUUUUGGUGUUUGUUUUGCGGAGUUUGUCAAUAAAUAAAAGUCGCUUUGGCGAUUGCAGAAUGUCAAUUUGUAAACUCCUCUCGUCCUUUUGAGUUUUGUUGGCUCAAUGUGUGCAACUAUGUUCUUUUGUUUUGGGUUGUCUGUGCAAUGUUAUACAUAGUCCAUGCUGAAGCAAUUGCACUAGUAGUGUGA